UCACGCUGCUGCCAGGUCCACAGUGUGUCAUGGGUCCCUGUAUGGCCUCCCAUUGCUGCUGUCCUCCAUCGCCACACUCUGCCAUGUGCCACUUUCAGGUCUCCUCACACUGCUGCUGGGUUCCAUUUUGUCAUAGGGUGCUGGCAGAUUACAGCCUCCCAUUGCUGCUCGCCAGGCCCUAAUCUGCCAUGGGCCCCUGUACCGCCUCCUCAUGCUGCUGCCAGGUCCACAGUGUGUCAUGGGUCCCUGUACGGCCUCCCAUUGCUGCUGUCUCCAUCGCCCACACUCUGCCAUGUGCCACUUUCAGGUCUCCUCACACUGCUGGUGGGUUCCAUUUGUCAUAGGGUACUGUAUGGCCUCCCAUUGCUGCUGCCCUCCACCGCCACACUGUGGCUCCACACUCUGGUUUUGGCCUCGUGACUGCCCAAAUGAUGAAGUGUGCGGUGAUUCUAAGAUCGCGCCGGCACUCAUCUGCAUGUCAUACUGACUGACAGUAUUAUUUCUCUCCCCAGCAGACUCCAAGGGCAUUUAAAUUAAAGGUAAGUGUUCUGCACUAAUAUA